UUCGAAGCUAAAAACAGCAGCUGAAAUGCUUUUGUCGUGCCAUGUUUUAGGUCAGUGCCUCUUCAUGAGUUUUGGCAUUGUGGUUUGGCAGUUCAACCAAAUCGUUUGAAUGCAGAAGAAAAUACUUUCUUCACACUAGCCAGCCAAUCUUGUUGAAAUUGAGUUUCUUCACAUGAAGAAUUGAGACUGUAUGAUGGAAUUUUCAAUAUCCUGUCCGCUGUGCUCCCAACCUGGAUUUUCUGAUGUCAAUUCAUUAUGGCUAUCUUUGAUUCGAGUUACAACUCGGCAACUGACAUGUCCUGUCUGCCUAGAGGUUCUCUGUGGCCUGGAUAAGCUUACUAUCCACCUAGUUAGCCAUUCUUUACAUAAUCAGUUGGUCUCUUCCCUUGCAUCAAAUUUGUCAACACCUCCAGCUAUUUUAUCUAAAAGUAUGCAAUACCACAAAAUUUCACAAUGUCCUGAAACUAUAUCGUCUCAAGAAUCAGUCCCAGUUACUACUUCUCAGCCUCUUGAAAACUCUCCGUUAUCAUAUGUUUUCGUCAAUAUUCCAACAUUAGAAAACAUGUCUAUAAAAGAGAGAGCUCAAGCCUCUCUCAUGAGUAAUAUUGAACACAGCGUAAACAAAGAAGGUAAACCAUUUCAAUCUUUAAUUGAACCAAAAACUGGAUACCCUCUAAUUCUGAUGGCCAAGCCUGAUGAUAGUACUUUAGCUCCAGAUGACACAUCCCAGACACCUUUGAUGCCUCAGAAUACAAUGACAGUGGUGAGUGACCCUCUGAAACUCAUCAAUCUACCUCAGUCUAGAGAAGAAACUAUUCAUAUGAGUGCUUUACCUUCACAAAAAGAAAUUUCUUGCCUACUUGAUAAUAUAAAUGCUUUGAAUCAUAACCCACCUCCUCCAUUACCUCUGCACAAUUCAAGUGAACAUGGGAUCAAUUUAACUCACCAAACUGUACCGGUGCCUAAAUUAGGAUCACCAUGUCAAGUAUCUGACUUAGGUGUACCCUGUGGAAUAUGUGGCUUAACAUUUAAGGAUGAUAACAUUGCUAUGCUCCACCAACAAUUAAUUCAUCAUCAAAGUUCACCAGAUGGCAAUAAUUAUAAAAUACCAAUAAAAUUGGAUGAUAGAUCUCACAGUUCAAAGCAUAGAUCCAGAAGGACAAAUGUUGCCAAUCAACAUGUGCAUAGUUCUCUUCAUAGGUUUCCAUGUCACAUAUGCAAUAAAGUUUUUCGCAUGCGUGGCAGUUUAAUGGUACAUUUACGGGUGGCACAUUCUCCUAAUGGAACAACUGGCUUGGCUUGUCAACUCGGAGGUAUUUCCACAGCCUUAAACUCUCCGCCAGAUGUGACAAGCAAGUUAUGCUUGCAGAAUCUUAGCAUUCAAGAAAGUUCAUGUUCCUUCACUGCAGAUGAAAGUAUAGCCAAUAGUGGGCAUGAAAGAAGAACAGACAAUGGCUUAAUAUUACAUGAAUCAACUGACCUCAUGCCUCAAAGCCUUUCCCCGUCCCAUAAACAUAACCAGGUACAAGAUUGUAUCAUAUCUAAUAAGGGACCUGCAAAUGAUUCGAACUUAAGUGACAAUGGAGUGUCAGCCAUGUUACUCUCGCCUACAAGGUGUUCAUCUAUAUCUGGGCAUAUUGAGUCAGUUGGAAAUAUAUUUCCAUGUAAUCUUUGUAAUAAAACCUAUUCAAAGGAAACGUUACUUCUUCAACAUUUAAAAUCCCAUGAUAGUAAGCAAUGGGAAUGUGAUGUUUGCUUUAAAUCAUUCACUACAAAAUACUUCUUGAAAAAGCAUAAACGCUUGCACACUGGUGAAAUGCCAUAUACAUGUGGCAUAUGCAACAAGUCAUUCACAUUUCAGCAAUCCUAUCACAAGCACCUUUUAUAUCAUUCAGAUGAGAAACCACAUUCCUGUAGUGAAUGUGGACGAGCAUUUAAGGAAUUGUCUACCUUGCAUAAUCAUCAAAGAAUUCACACCGGAGAAAAGCCUUGGGCGUGUGAAACAUGUGGGAAGUGUUUUAGGCAGAGAGUAUCUUACCUCGUUCAUCGGCGGAUACAUACAGGAGCAAUGCCGUACCAGUGCACAGUGUGCUUAAAAAGUUUCCGCUACAAGGUGAGUCAGAGAACACACAAAUGUGUUGUUCAGUCCUCAGGUGAUGCUGCGUCUCCAUCCAAUGAUCUUUUACAACAGCUGUUGCAGUCUUCCAGCAAAGAGGCCGAGACUGGGGGAGGAUUGCAAACUUCAAACCAACCUGGACAAAACAAAUCCCAACGUCCUAUAAAAGAACAGCUUCCACAGCCUAAUGAAGAUCAUUCACUACUAAACAAAGAUCAGAUGGAUAACCACUUUCUUUUGAAAAGUAAGGACAACAACCUUAUUUCUGUUAGCAAAUGUCAGAAUGCUGGGAUCCAACCCUCUCUCAUGCAUCAACUUUCAUUAGACUGUCACAAUCUUUUCCAUGAUUCACAAGCCAGAGAUUUUAUGACUCUUUCUUCUGUUCAACCUCCAGAGUGCAAAGUCAUUUCUAAAGUUAUUCCUAAUUCCACUGUCAAACCAGAUCUACAGCUAGAUAAGAGUCCUUCUACCUUGUGCGAAUCCCAUGACAAUUUAGACUCUUCUCCCUUACCUCAGUCAACUCCUCCAUCAUCAUCAUCAGAUUUCAAUAUCGAUCUUUUACAAGAUAUAUUGUCCAUGGUAAUGUCGCCUUCAGACAAUGUACCAUCGCCAUCCACCCAAAUGAGGCACCUCUCUCUUGCUGGAGGUCAAAAUGAUGAGGAUUUAGAAUCUGGUCUGGAACUGAGGCAACUGUUGUAUGGUCCAUGUGAUUCAGACACUAUGUGAAAAGUAAAUCUACUGCAUUGAUUUGUGUGAAAAUUUGUAUGAAUAAAAGCUGUGUUGUUUUUGUAUCAAUCUUGAUUUCUCUCUUUUUGUAUCCUUAUGUUCUGUGCUAUCUUAUUUUUCUUUAAGUUGAUUUUUUUGUGUCAUUGUAGGAUUAACAAUUCAAGUCAAUUUACAUGUCAGAUUUUAUUAAUUUUGAUUAUUAACUCAAUGUAUUGUGAAAAAUGUACCUUUUAAAAUUAUCCAUCUACAAUAUUAAUUGAUGUAAACAGUUACACUACAAGCUAAUCUAUGGACCGAGAGGUGGUCUUGAAAAUGUAUACAAUAUGUUGUGUUUGGAGUGAAAUAUUAAAAGUCUUUAAUACUUCUCCUUGA